AUGCAGCAGUCUCAGCCUCUGCCGUCGGUGGUACCCGCGGCGGUGGAAGGAUCUCCGCCUCUGCAGUCUUCGACAAUGCCAGUCGCUUCAGUGACGGCGCACAAGCCUUCCCGUUUCUCGCUGUACAGCAUCGAGAGGCUGCUCGCCGGAGCGGCGGCACACGCGGCCACCACGCCGUCGUCCGUGGCCUCUUCCGUGCUGGACUUCAGCAUCGCUCAGCACCCGUCGGCUCGGAUAGAGGCUGCGGGCCAUUUUCAAGGAGCAUUGAACGGCCGCUCAAAAGGCAGCACUGCAGCUUCCUCGGACAAGAUCUCCACUCCAUCGCUCUCCUACAAUGGUGACAAGGGGCCGUCAUCGUCUCUGCAUCAACAUCACCAGCAGCAACAGCAAGCGGCAGAAGACGGUGGACUGUCCGGUAAGCCUCGCAAGAUCCGCCGGAGCCGCACCACGUUCACCACAUUCCAGUUGCACCAGCUGGAGCGCGCUUUCGAGAAGACGCAGUAUCCGGAUGUGUUCACAAGGGAAGACCUGGCUCUGAGGCUGGACCUCAGCGAGGCUAGGGUACAGGUCUGGUUCCAAAACAGGCGCGCCAAGUGGCGCAAGCGGGAAAAGGCCAUGGGCAGGGACAGCCCGCCACCGAUGGCGUCCUGCGGCGUGGCGUCCUCGAUGGCGUCCGACCGCAACUUGGGGCCCUUCCUGCAGGCAGCGUGUGGCGUCAGUGCCGCCCGAGCCGAGCUGUUCGCCGCGGGGCCCUUCGGUGUAGCCGAGCCCUUUUGGGGCGCCCCCUCGGCCGCGCUGGUCGCGCCCGCCUGGCCCAAGCUCUACGGGUACAUGCUGCCCGCCCUGCUGCCUGCCCCACCUUGUACUUCGGCCUCUGUUCUGGACCUCGGCUCCAAGAAGACGACGGCACACGCGAGGCUGCAGUUGUCUCCGCAGCCGGUGACCGCGCUUCCCACGUCGUCACCAGGACUCGAUCUCCUCAGGGUCAAGGCGCGCGAGCAUGCCGCCAGGAAGGUGGGCUCGGGGUCGCCCAAGUCCGCCUCGCCCGUUGCAGAUCGGACCGAGCCAUCUUGA